AUGUCUGAAUAAAAGCAUAAAUCAACGUCAUAGUUUGCGUUACUAAUAUCAAAUGCAGUUUUAGGAGCCUUUUUCUUUGGAUACUCAGUUUCUUAUAUGAAUCCAGCAAUAAAGACAGCAGAUACUCAAUUUGAUAUAUCAGGACACCCAGAUCCAGGUGAGAAAGAUCAUUAUUAAACAUUGCUGAAUGGUUUGAUAAAUGGUAAUAAUAUGAAUAAAUAUACAUUAGCUUUUCCUGCUUUAGGAGCAGCAGCAGGUGCAAUAUUAUCAGGUUAAAUAUAAUCAAGAUUUGGUUUGAGACUAUCAUUUUUGUUAGCAGAUUUGAUUGGUAUUUUAGGAUUUAUUUUUCAAUUGCCUAUCCAUAUAGCUACUUUAUUAAUAGGAAGAUUAGUGAUAGGAUUUGCAGUGGGAAUGAAUUCUUCUUUGGUACCUUAAUACAUAAAAGAAUUUUCUCCAGAAUCAUUAUCAGGACCAUUUGGUGCAAUGUUUUAGAUGACAAUUAAUAUUGGUUGUUUAGUUGCAUUAGUAAUGGGAAUGUAAUUUAUUUAUUUUGAAAAGAGGUUCUUUGAUGCAGAUGGAGAAAGUCUUGGUUAUUUUAGAUUUGUGAUAGUAUUUCCCAUGUUAAUUUGUUCACUUAGAUUAUUUUUUUUUGCAUUUGCAUUUUAAGAUAAUCCUCCAUCUUAUUAUAUAUUGAGAAAUAAUCAUAAAACAGUAAGAUAAUAGAAUUAUAUAUAAGGCUAAAGCAGUAAUAAGAAGUUACUAUAAGCGUAAAUUUGUGGAAUAAAUUUUUGAUGAUUUAAAAUAAUAAAUAGAAACAAAAUAAUCAGAGGCUUUGGAUAAGAAAUAGAAAUCACCAUCAUAUUCAAGCAGAUUAUAAGUUGGUUGUAUUCUUUAAGUCAUUUAAUAAUUUAGUGGAAUUAAUGCAGUUUUAAUAUAUUCUUCAGGAUUAUUCAUAAAAGUAUAUAUAUAUAAUAAUAAAAUUUAGAUAACAGGAGGUGAUAAUGAUUUAAAGAAUUGGUUGAAUAUAACAGUUGGUUUAGUGAAUUUAUUCUUUAGUAUAGUGGCAAUUCCAUUAUUAAGAAAUCUAGGUAGAAGACCACUUUUAUUAUAUGGAACUCUUGCUUGUUCAGUAUUUUUAGGAUUAAUCAGUUUAUUUUCAUGCUUUUUACCUGAUGAUGAUGUUGAAAAAUUUGAAGUUACUGGUUCUGCAGUAAUGGUUAUUAUAUUUAUGUUUUUAUAUUUGGCAGCAUUUUAAUUAUCCUUAGGACCUGUUGUUUGGGUAAUUAAUAUAAUUAAUUUAUAAGAUAUAUGAUGCUGAUGUAUUAGAUGAAAAAGGAAUGUCUAUAGCUGUUCUAUGCAAUUGGUUAGGCUGUGCUAUUGUUGCUUAAUUCUUUGGAUUCAUCAAUUCUGCAGGUAUGAAUUAUAGUUUUGGAAUAUUCUUUGUUUUCUGUUCACUUGGGUAAAUUUAUUAUCUAUUGUUUAAAGAACCGUAUAUAUCUAUUACAAAGUCAAAGAAACUAAGGGUAAAAACCCUUAAGAAAUUGACUAGAUGUUUCUGUUAGGAAAAGUAGAUGAUGAUUGAACAUUAAC